AUGUAUAGCGGGAUCGGAUUAAAGACAGCAAGAGGUUCAGGGACGAGUGGUUACGUACAAGCAAAUCAUGCGAAUUUCCAGUUACCUGAGAAACAAGUUGCUUAUAAUUCGGAGGCAGAUAUCAAGCGUGCAGAAGCUGAACUUUCUAAAAAACCAAACCCAGAACUCCUGGAGCACAUGAAGAAGCGAAAGAUAGAAUUGAAGUGUGCAGAUUUCGAACUUUUAAUGGGGAAAAAAGUGGGUACUUGUCACAGUCGUUAA